AAAUACAUUCGUGUAAAUUGAAGCAUAAAAAUUAUUUGACAACUCUUAUUAAACUCGUCAUUAUUAAAAACAACAACAAAUGUAAACAAUGAAUGUCAGUGUCAAAUGUUAAAAAUAUUCUGAUAAUAUCAUUAGUUAGGAACAUGAAAUUAUAAAAUGGUUUCUAAAAGAGAAACUUAAUAUAAAAAAACAUAAUUUAAACGAAUACAAUAAUAUAUGUAAGGAGAAGAUUAUAUUCUCUAUUAUAUUAAAGGUCUACAAACAAUUAAUAGAUGUAAUAAAUUGUAAAGCAUCACAAACCUUAAUUUGUACCAAGAACGUUUAAUAACUUCAUCUAUUAAGAAUUCAUACGAAAAGUUGCCUUGGUUACCUCAGUCGUAUUUUGCUGUACACAAAAAAACAACCCAACUAAAAAAAUUUAAGAACAUGUUGAAAUUAAUAAGAAUGCUCGUCGAUUGGUUGCUGCCGGUUUUCUUCAGUUUCAUUAGACCUUUGAUCAAAUGGUUUCUACGAUCAUUCACGCGUCUAUCCGAAAUACAAAGAAUCGUUUACGGUGCACCAGCUGGAGCUGUGCGCACUAUACGCGUUGAAAACUGCUUACAGCAAUCAAGAAACCAACUUAUUCAAGAGACAAUAAACGAAUUUAAUACUAUAGUUGAAAAUUGCAGUGAUGAGGAAUUUGAACAAAUGCCUGCUAGAAUGGUUAGUAUUGUUAGCAGAACGAAGAAUAUUAAACCAUCAAGUCAUCCUGAUUUUGGUCACCUACUCGGUAGAUGUGUAGAACAAAUUUGGAGUUAUAGACGAUUAGUGUACACAGUAGAUCACUUACGCGCUAUACCUUAUGAUUCGAACAAUUUGCAACAUGAAGAAAUGCUACUUGAAUUAUGGAACUAUUUAAUGCCAAAUGAACCACUCACAGGUAGAAUAUCCAAACAAUGGCAAGAUAUUGGAUUUCAAGGUGAUGAUCCAAAAACAGACUUUCGUGGUAUGGGCAUACUUGGUUUAGAAAAUCUUUUAUAUUUAGCGAGGGAAUAUAAUAAUACAGCACGGCAUAUUUUGUCGCAUUCAAUGCACCCAACAAGUGGUUACACAUUUGCUAUAGUUGGGAUUAAUCUUACUUAUAUGGCUUUUAAUUUACUUAAGGAUGAAGAGGCCAAAACACAUUUUUACAACAAUGCUGAGUCUUUUAAACAACCUUGCUCACUAGAACAUUUUAAUAAAUUCUAUUCUUAUUUAUUUUUUGAAUUUGAUCAUUACUGGAUAGAUUCUAAUCCAACUAACAUUAUGGAUUUUCGUUCAAUAUUUCAGUCAUUUGAAGUUAUAAUUAUGGAAGCUCUCCAUGAUAAAAAUUGCUUAUUUAAAAGCAAUUUAAUUGUUGAGGAUAUAUAAAAAUAUUAAGAUAUAUAAGGGUAUAAAUAUAAUUAGUAAUUUAUGCGAUAAGAGGUUACUUCGAAUUUAAAUAUAUUUUGAAUAAAUUUGAUAUUUUUCUAAUAGGGGCAUAAAUAAAUUAUUGUAUACUUAAGUCUUUUAUGACAAUGAGUUUUAAUAGGACCAUAUUUAUUAUUUUAUACUGUUUUAAUCAUAAAAUCUUACUUUACACAUAAUUAUUUUUUAACAGUUUAAAUACGUACUGUUCUUUAAAUUUU